UCUCCAAUGAGAAGAUUGCUGAAGGCACUGUGAAUCAUGGGAUUCCGUACAUUAUACAGGUGCAUCUGCCAGUUUUUCCUCACCAUGCAGAUUGUCUGGGGUUUGGACACGGUGAAGAUCCUGAACCCUCCAGAGGAAGCUCUCCCGGAUCAUCUCCUGAGAAUUCUCUACUCUUGUGAUGGAGCAGCCACAGUACAGCUCGAAUGCGUUGUAUCGUUUGAAACUGGAACCAUCUCCACAAUCCUUCUCAGACAGUGGAGUUGUGUCCCCAGAGACCCUUUAAUAAAGACUGUGAAGCUGAAUCUGCCAGACUGGUUGGUUUAUCAGUCAGACGGGAUUGUUCCAGACUCUCUCCGGGUGCUGACUUGUUUUCUUCGAGCCUCGGUGAGAUACGGUGGUUCUGAUGAUACUAAAAGGUCCACUGGUUCUCAGGAUGUGGCAUCUUUGCAGCCUAAGCCCUUCUUUAGUCGGCCUUUCAAGCAGCAUCAGCUCUGCACUGCCUGGAGCAAAAAGAUGGUACACUUAAGGCAGAGUUUUCUACAGAAACAAUGCCCUUUAGAGCAAGAAACCAUCCAUUUCCUGUCUGCAAUCUAUGCAUCAACUGGAGAAAAUUUCGGAAUAACAAAGACCCUGGACCCACACAGGAAUGAGCUGCUGGAGCACUUCCGGCUUAAAGCUGUUUCUUUUCCCUGGUGUGCAUUUUCCAUGUGGAUAUUUGUGACCAGGCACUGUCAGGACAGAUUGUGCGGUGUGUUUCAUCACAUUGAUUCCCAUAACAAUUAUGCCACACCAGCACUUUUCCUCAAAAGAUCAGGCCAGCUACACAUUCAAAUAAGUGGAGUUUCUGAGGAAUCUUCAGCAUUUCUUCCAUCAUUCACCAUGCCUUUAAAAAAGUGGUGCCAACUCAGUUUGGCUUUGCACGGAAGAACCGUCACCGUCUCCUUGGUGGUCACGGAUAACGAGGAAAGAACGGUGAAAACCUCACAACAUGUGUUGAAUCAUACACCCAUGCUUGAUGACACAGAAGGGUAUUUCGUGAUUGGUGGAGGGAAAUACAUCCGAGGUGUGGAGGGUUAUUUUGGACCAGUGGUGUACUACCGCAACAGAGUGCCCUAUAGCAUGUCUGAAGUUGUUAUUCCAGAUGUCAUAAAAAACACAAACCUGACUGGUUGGCUGCAGAGCUGCGAAGAAUUUAUUUUUGACAUCACGGUCAAGAUCAGCGGUUUCACGCUCAAAGCCAAACCCGAGAAAAAAGAGUCUUGCUUUGACGUGUUCCAUGAGUGGAUUGCAAUGGAGAGACAUCCACCAAAUUCGCAGUGUGAGCUUUGGGAGGAGGCAGCUCCCCGCAGAAGACUGGCUGUCCAACUAGCCAAGUUACUGGUGUUUAAAUAUGGAGGAGCAGCAGUGAGCCCGUCAGCCGUGGGGAGAGCUCUGUACGCCUUAUCAGUUCAUAAGAUGGCUAAAACGAGUAGCAGUGCAGUGGUCAGCAAAAUAUUACCUCUGUUGCUCCAAGCUGGCUGUCUCGCUGAUAAGCGCGCUCUGCACAUGUCAUCUGUGCUCUACAGCACUGGCCUGGGAGUCCAGAAAUACCCCAUAAAGGCUUGGCUCCUUGCCCUGCUGGCUGCUCAAAGGGAUGAUCGGCUGGCACUUUUGCAUCUUGGGCACAUACACCAGCAGGGGCUACAUGGUUUUCCCAGAGACCCAGAUCUGGCCUAUGCCUAUUAUGCAAACAUUGCGAAACAGACAACGUUGGACCGCCAUAAUCCCACACCACAGCAGACAUUUGUAGAAGUUGUGUAUUUGAACAACGAUGAGGCUUUGAACCUUCAGACCAAUGAGGACCAUCACAUCUUUCAGUGGCUGAAACUACAGGCCCGCAGAGGGGCAGCUGAGGCUGAGCAAGCUCUUGCCCGCAUGCUGUUCUGGGGUCAGCAAGGAUUGUCCCCAAACAUUCAGGAGGCAGUGAAGCACUACAGAAGGGGGGCUGUCCAGCUGGAGGAUCCAGUGUCAAUGUAUGACUAUGGCAUAGUACUGCUGCUGGGCCAUGGGGUUCAAAAGGAUGUUCCCAAAGGGGUCACAUUCCUCAAAAAAGCAAUGGAACAGGGUUUGGUGCCUGCAAUCAACGCCCUGGCCUGGUACUACGAGCAGUUUGAAAAGGACUACGAGCAGGCGGUGCAGCUGUGGGAAAAGGCUGACUUCCUCGGUUCUCCAGAUGCGCCUUUAAACCUCGGCGUAUUGCACUCGCAAGGCCUGUAUCCAGGAAAGCCUGCCAACCAGUAUACGGCCUACAAGUACUACCUGAAGUCUGCGGAGAGAGGACACAUGCGGGGAGCGGUGUUCCUCGCUGACAUCUGGGCUACAGGGAUACCCGGUCAUGUUGAGAGACGCCCAUCAGACGCCGUUUUGUGGGUUAAGUGGACAGCAGAGCAGAACGGAUAUUUGGGCAGCCUCCUACGGAAAGCGCUGGAUUCGUAUCUCAAAAAUGACUUGUUCCUAUCUCUGUUAUUUUAUAUGAUGGCAGCUGAAUCGGGGUAUGCUCCUGCACAGUUCAAUGCGGCAUAUCUUUGUGAACAAAACGUGGCCGGUUUUCUGGAAGCAGCUUACGCAACACACUGCAUGUGGAGAUAUUACAACCUCACAAUCCAGAGUCAGAAUCCGGAAACGUACGCCUUGAUUAGGAUGGGCGACCUGUUGUAUGAGGGGUUGGACGGCAGGCCGAAAGACUUCUUUUCUGCGGCUCAGAUGUAUUCACUUGCUGCAUUAAGCAACAACCCGCAGGGAUGGUACAACCUUGGUUUGCUUGUUGAGGAAGGUUACAGACUGCCGCUUUCCAUACUGAUCGAGCUUGGCCUGUCUGAGAUGUACAUUGCAGACAAGAAUUUGCUUCUAAGUGCUCUGUACAAAAGAUGCAGAGACUCGGACGACACAGAUUCAUAUGUGCCCUGCAGCCUUGCUCUCUUCGUUGUGUUUUUACAAUCAUUUGAAAAGUGCUACAUCACUGCCGUCAUAAAGGUCUCCACUGCUGUUGCUGUUGUUGCUACUCCAACAGUGUUUGUAAUUGUCCUUGGCGUGCUCAGGAGACGCAUGUACGGCCAAGACUCUUGACCCAAAUCUGUGAGAAAGAACAAAAAGCAAGUGAAUUAUUUCAUGUAACAUCUCAGUUCAAACGCCGAUCACCCCAGAGUCAAUAUGAAUUAGAAAACUGAAUAUUCUAAAGAGUUCCUAUUGUUUAUAAUGUUUUGAAUUAAUUAUAUUAAGUCACUUGUUUAAGUAAUGUGAAAAUGUAGGUUUUAAACAGUAAAGAAAAAGAAAGGUCUACUCAUGUUGUGUAAGGUUGGAUCCGCGGCAGUAGUGUGAAGGGUCAGCAGGUGUUUUCCUUCAGGGACUUCAGCUGCUACGUCUGAAUUUUGCUCAAGUAUUUCGUGCUGUUCUUAGAUCACAGGACUUGAUGCUCCUGUUACAACCACGACUUGUUAAUACCAUCGGCUACUUGUUUUUCCCUUUAGUCUUUGCACCUUUUCUCAGUCUUGCACAAGAUGGCGAUAAUAUUCUUCUAUUUGUGUGUUUUUAAUUUUUUUAAAUAAAUUCUUUCGUUUUCUUUUGCUUUCCUGUAUUGACACAUGGUAAUGUGUUGUUAAAUAAAC